AGCAUCUCCCACUCCAGAGGAGCACAGCGGCAUCAGGGCUCCAGGAGUCUGCACACUGCUCGGCCCGGGGGUUCAGGUCCCUGGUGGGAGAGAGGUACCAGGCAUCUUCCAAGCAGCCUCACCUUUCCUCCGAGAUGGUGGAUUAUUACAAAGUCCUUGGGCUGCAAAAAAAUGCCUCACAGGACGAUGUUAAGAAAUCCUACCACAAACUGGCACUAAAAUGGCAUCCUGAUAAGAAUCCCGGCAACAAGGAGGAAGCUGAGAAGAAAUUUAAAGCAGUUGCUGAGGCAUACAAGGUUUUGUCUGACCCUCAGAAACGACUGUGCUACGACAGGUCGGUUAAGGGGAGCAGAUCCCACAGAGGGCGCGCCACGCAGCAUCGUGCCAGCUUCUUUGAGUCCACUUACGUACUGCAUGACCCCGAGGACAUCUCUAGGGAGAUCUUUGGAGGGAUGGAUCCCUCUUUAUAUGCUUUCUGGUACCCCUCAGACAACAUCAGAAGCAAUGGUGAAAACUGGCACAGCAGAAGUGGAAGAAGCUCCAGCUGGUUUUCCGACUUUAUGGAGCCAUUUAUGCCACAGAGUUCGUUCAGCGCCGGUGGGCAGCACACCUUCUCCUUCGCUGAGGCCACAGCUUGGCCACACGGUGCCAGAUCAGCGUCAACCACUACUGAGGUGAUCAAUGGCAAAAGGAUCAAAAACGGGCAGGAGAUCAUAGAAGUGGAAGAAGAUGGCCAGCUGAAGUCUGUGACAAUAAACGGGAAAGACCACCUGAAAUUAUGA